GCUUAAUGAAUGGUCGUGUUAAAUGUUCAAGUAAGUUCAGAAACAAAAACAAACCACGUAGUAAACGAAUAAGAGAUUUACAGCGCUUACUUAAGAAAAACUCUUUACCCGAUGAAGUUAGAGUGGCUAGUAAAUCCACCCUUGAAAGUUUACUUGAAAAAAAAGAGAUUACUUCUGCGAAAGUAAGCCAAAAAGACCUUUCUAAGAAGUAUAAGAUGGUUAAAUUUUUUGAAAAACGAAAAGCUUCUCGAGCUGUUGCACAGGCUGAAAAAAAAGUUAAAGGUGGGGACAUUAGUGGAGGCACUCUAAACAAAUUACGGGAAGCUCAAGAAUUUUUAAAUUACAUAGAGUAUUUUCCUAGAACCCAAGCAUAUAUAUCUAUUUAUAAGCAACCUGCUAGUGAAGAGGCCUUAAAACUUCGGAAUAAGAUACUUAAAAGUGUUAACAAUAUGGUUGCUAAUAAAAAGCUUCCACAAGCACUUGGGUGGUCUAAAUUCGGCGCCUCUACGGCAAGAUCAUCAGAGAGUUCAGCGCAAGUGUUAGAAAAAAACGAGGAAAGGCUUACAGACGAUUUUUUUUUAUGAUUUACAAUCCUUUAUGGUUUUCCUCAAGUUACUCUGUUUGUUAACCUAUUUAGUUCGGGUUAGAAGAA